AUGGGAUCUCCGAUGUUGGCAAAUGCUCGCGUGGGCAUUUCUAAGCGCCUCGUGCUGUCGUAUAUCAUCGACUGGAUUUUCAUUAUUGGUAUCGCACUUAUUGGAUAUGGGUUUUCUCGGGUCACUCCUAACCACCGCCCGUUCGCCUUGACGGAUCAGAGCAUCUCGUUCCCUUACACAGAGGAUGAGACUGUUCGGACCAGCGUGCUGGUGGUCGUUUCGCUGAUUGCGCCGGCUGUGAUUAUCUUCCUGAUAUGGGAGUGGAAUGCCGGAUGGCUGGGACUGGGAUUAUCUGUCGCAGGAGUCUUCAUGGCUACUCAGGGCCUGAAGGCUCUGUAUGGCAGGCCACGUCCGGACAUGCUUGCGCGCUGUGAUCCGGACCUGUCUGACAUUGCCUCGUAUGCAGUCGGUGGUCUGGGCCAGAGGCUUACAGAGGCACCUACGUUGGUGAGUUGGGAGAUAUGUCGGAAUAAGUCUGAUGAUUUGAAAGUGAAUGGAUUCUCUAGCUUUCCCAGUGGCCACUCCUCCAUCGCGUUCGCCGGAUUGGCCUAUUUCAGCCUUUGGCUAUGUUCUAAAUUCUCCAUUGGUUUCCCCUAUCUGGCUCAUUCGCCGCUCAGCCAGGAGCUGCGGGUACAGAAUCGGGAAUCAAUUCGCACCCAGGGAGCGGCCCCUCCGGUGUACACGGUCAUCAUCGCGUUUGUGCCUCUUGCGGUCGCUUUCUUCAUAGCGGCAUCGCGCUGGUUUGAUUUCCGCCACCAUGCAUUCGACAUUAUAAUCGGUUCUCUCAUGGGACUCGUUUUCGCGUGGGUUGGGUUCCGACUGUACCACCUCCCCAUCAUGCGCGGCGCCGGCUGGUCAUGGGGAGCGAGAAGCCCACGGCAUGCAUUCUUCAAAGGUGUCGGACUGUCUAGUCACGUUGGCGCUGAUAAUUGGUCGAACAAGGGAGAAUCCCCGGUGGCAACAGGGGCUGAGAGACAGGAGGACACGGUUGACCUCGAAAGUGGACGACGUGAUUUGGCGGAAUGA